AUGAUUAUUAAGUGUGAAGGACUUUUUUCUAUUCAUCACUUGACUAUUGAAUGCAUUGGGGGAGGAAAUGUUUUUGUGUCGUCUGCGUUCUGUAUUAUUAUAAAUAUGUCGUGGCUAUCUCACUUAACCAGGAGGAACCGCUCGUACACUUUUGGGGCUGACGAGUUUCCUCCUAUAGAUAAGGAUGUUUCAUCUUCUCAGCGACGAAAUCUCAUUGCCUCGUCAGUGCGUUCAGCUGUCUCUGGGGUUGGUGUUCAUGCUAGAAAGCGAUCUUCAACCUGGCAUGGCGCGGCCGUACAGGUGAACCAAGUAGACAUUGAGGAAGAUUGGUCAUCUAAAUGUCGCACCACAAGAACUGCCGCAAGUUUGAAGGAAAAAUUAUGUCAAAUUAUAACAGAAGAGUUGAGUAAACAUCUUGAGAAUGAAAAAGACUUGAAAUCAAGUCAAGAAUUUGUCAAGAAAAGUGCCAUGAUAGGAAAAGUUAUCAGUACUAGAGCAAGACAAUUGAUUGGUUGUAAUACAAAGAUUGUUUCCUCUGUUUUCAUUGGCGAAGUUCGUGGUGAUGGAAUCGAAGUAGCCAGUCAAUGUGUAUUUGAUCCGACACAAGAUGCAUUUGCCUCUGGGAACUUUAAGUCACCUCAUAUUUUUGCUGUUGGUACGCUAUUUGUCACAACAUACGAAGCUUCCCUGCACGCCUGA